AUUGUCCCGCGCUUUUAAAAUUCUGAAAUUGUAGCGCUACAAGUGAUCAUCGAUCUUGUCGCAAUUUGCAAACACGGCUAAAGAAAGUCGUACGACAUUCGGGCGGAGUCGGACGCACCUUCGGGGACGAAGGUUGACGUCACGGCGCAAAAUGGCCGCCGGUAUCGGAAAUGGAGUAGCAUAGAGGCUGGGCGGUAGGAACGAACUGUAGGUGUGUCAGUACUCGGCUUUUCCGCGAUAAUGCCAUCGAAAUGCCGAUUGUUGCACGCUGACUUGCGCCUCGUGCAUAACUUAUACGUACGAUCGGAAUCGUUCCGUUGGCCGAAUUUUCGAUGGUGAUAAUAAAUUGUGAAAUAAUCGGCGAGGCAAAAUAAGCGGUGUUCCGAACUCCCCUCGAUAUAUAUCUUUCCUGAAACGAAAUUUUUUCUGUUCAUAAUUUACUUGUGUUACAUACAUUCAAUAGAUAGGAUGAAAUCUUGUCUAAAUAAAAUCGAAGUGAAAAGUAAACGGUAGCCUGUCCAGUGAUCAUUCUUAUACUGUUCACGGAUAUUUCACGAAUGUCAGACUCAUCUGCCCGGCUCCAGAAGAGAGUGCACUGUGAAUAUUAUCUUUGUGUCGAAUUGUUUGGAUUGAAUAUUAAUUUACGUUUCUAAUAAAAAGUGAAAUGAAAAAUGAAGAAUACGCGCGUUUGAUCAACGUAUAAGAGAUCCAAGAGUGCGUAAUAUAGUGUAUGUUCAUGAUCCUAUUUGUGAUCUGUCAAAACUGACUUAGCUAUCUAACAAUCGUACAUAUAUUUAUAGUGAAACUAUUUGUAUCAAAUCUUCCUCUUAUGAAUUGAUUAAUUUUUUUUAAGGAAAAUAUUCUCGUUGCCUAUGACUGUGUCUUAACUGCGUAUGAUCCUUCACAACGACACAUCGAUUGAUUCCCUUCCGUAAACAAUAUUUAAUAGUUGCUAAGAAUGUAUUGUCCAAUGCUGAAAACGAGAUAUGAAUUUGAAUCAUGGUGAGAAAGUGACCGAGCGAGUUAUGUUGAACUUGGAACUGUUAAGAGAUUAUUCGAGCAAUGUUUCUGCCAAUAGGUAUCAGUUAACCAAACAUAAAAAAAGAAUGAUUUCCAUCCUUCACAGAGUAAAAAUUACGAGAAGCUAAUCUUCAGGAUUUUAGUAUUUCUUCUGGUUAAGCAAUAUACUCUUUAAAGAAGAUAACAUUAUCAGGAUUUUGGCGCAUAGAUGUUGUUAGAAUUAUUAAAAGUGUGACUGAAAGAAAAAAAAUUACAAAUUUUUAAGAAGAAUUAGAAAGUUUCAAAACAAACAAAUCAGAGAGAAAGGAAGAGAGAAAAAACACAUCCAAACAAUGAAACUGACUAAGAAAAUGAUUAAUUAAAAAGUUCAAGACAAAUUAAAAGGUACAUAUAUAUAUAUACAUAUAGAAAGCGAUAGGUGGCUUUCGUUGUCACUGGCGCGCACGCGAGUGUCCAUAUUAUAUCCGGCGCGCGUGUUUGUUUCUCAUUUUGUUUCUUAUUUCUUAUUUGCGUGUAUAUUUGAAGUGGAGUUUCAGUGUGCUGGAGGGUGAAAAAAUAGUAGGAUACACAAAAUGUGGAAUAUGAUGUGUGACGUGAUGCCGACUAUUGCGGAGGACAGCAUUAGCCAGCGAAGUUCGCAAUAUUCUGGUGAAGAUGCGAACUUCGAGCAAUUGAUGGUAUCAAUGCUUGAUGAAAGAGACAAACUGGUGGAAUCAUUACGCGAAAACCAGGAACGGUUGCAGGAAACGGAAGCACGUUUGCAGGAGGUCGAGAAGGAACGGGAUUCAUUGAAUCGUCAAUUGAACGCUAAUAUCCCUCAGGAUUUCUCUCAAUUGACGAAAGAGCUUGCUGCAGCCCGCGAAAGUAUCCUAGAAAGAGAAGAAGAAAUAUCAGAGUUAAAAGCGGAGAGGAAUAAUACCCGUCUUCUGCUCGAGCAUCUGGAAUGUCUGGUUUCCCGACAUGAACGAUCGCUUAGGAUGACUGUAGUGAAGAGGCAAGCCGCUGCACAAUCUGGAGUAUCGUCCGAAGUUGAAGUGCUUAAAGCUUUAAAAAGUCUGUUUGAGCACCACAAAGCUUUAGACGAGAAAGUACGUGAACGCUUACGAGUUGCAUUAGAAAGAAAUACAAGUUUGGAAGAAGAAUUAGCUAUUACCAAAGAAGAGCUCCAACAAUAUAAAUUAAGUGGACCUGCGCCUAAAACUAUAGAAGAUAGGCCCAAGGAAAACGGACAGACGGAAGAUAGUCAACAACAAAAUAAGAAUGAGACUGAGCAGGCAGCAGGCCAGCAGCAACAACAGCAACAACAACCGCAACAGCAGCAGCAACAACAACAGCAGUCAAUACAAAAACUAGGUACGGAGAAGUCAACAGAGAUUGAAAGUAGACUGAGCAAUGGCAGUCUCGAUCCUACGGACCAAGAUUCUGCAGCGCGCGUAAUAGAUUUACAAGCUACUCUUGAUAAGCAGAGCUCAGAAUUGAGCACAUGGCAACGACGAGUAGCUGAAUUAAGUGGACGAGUAGCAGAAUUAGAAGAAACUUUGUCCAAAACUCAGAAAGAUCUUUUGAAAACACAAGAAACGAAUGUUAAACUACAAAGAGAUUUGCGCGAAAAUGUUGCUCAAAAAGAGGACCAAGAAGAGAGGAUAGCAACUCUUGAAAAACGUUAUCUUAAUGCUCAACGAGAGUCUACUAGUUUACAUGAUCUCAAUGAAAAACUGGAACAGGAGCUACAACAUAAGAAGGCUCAAUUAAAGCUCCAAGAAGAAAAAAUAGCAGCAAUACAGGAGAAAUUAGAACUUGCAGAGCAAAAAUUAGCCCAAUAUGCUAAGUUACCAGAAAUGGAAGAGCAAUUAAAGCAGAGGAUGGAGGCUCUGACGCAGGUGAGGAGGCCCAACCAGGCUCAAGAAAGACACGGAAGUGCAGAGGAUAGAAUACAGAGGUUGGAAACGCAACUUGAAGAAAAAAAUGCAGAAGUGAUGCGUGUUAAUCAACGACUUAAGAUGAACGAAGAACAUAAUACGCGACUUAGUACAACUGUUGAUAAACUUUUGUCGGAAUCUAAUGAAAGAUUACAAGUACAUUUAAAAGAAAGAAUGCAUGCAUUAGAAGAAAAAAAUGCACUUACACAAGAAUUGGAAAAGACUAGAAAAAUUGCAGAAGAUCUUCAAAAUGAAAAGGCUGACAUAGUUAAAGAAUUAGGAAAAGCUCGUUUAGAAAUUGAUAAUGUAAAAAGACAAAUGCUUCAGCAGGAAAUCGCAUUUAAUAUUCAACAAACUGAUGCUUUAACUAGAAGUUUAUCUCCAAAUGCAGUGGAUCCAGGUUCCUUUUCUAGAAGUGCAAGUCAUAGUAGUUUUGAUACUCACUCUUUACCAAGAAGAACGGGUAAACGGCCUGCAAUCGAAGAAGAUCCAUCAAAGAAUUAUGUAGCACGUACAUUAGCGGAACAAGAAUGGGAAAAGUUACAACAAGCACAUGUUCUUGCAAAUGUGCAACAAGCAUUUGAUGUAUCUAGUGAUGCAGAAGGUGAUGGAGAUAAUGAAAGUUUGUUUAGUUGUGCAGCUGAUGUAAUUAGUCCUACAGGACAUACAGAUGCUCAAACAUUAGCACUAAUGUUACAAGAACAGUUAGAUGCAAUUAAUAAUGAAAUUAGAUUAAUCCAGGAAGAAAAACAAAGUACCGAAGCACGAGCUGAAGAAUUAGAGUCCCGAGUUGGUAGUCUUGAACAUAUGAAUUUAUUAGCGAGAGGACGAAGUCUCGAACGUGCAUCCCCACCAUUAAGUGGACGAUCCACUCCAAAAUCACAUCAUAGUCCAAAUAGAGAUUAUUUACAUAAAUAUCAUACUGCACCGGCAUCAAUGUCUCCAGCGCAUCUUCACCAAUAUGCUGCUUCUUUAGCUAGUCCAGGUCAACUUUCGGAAUCUCUUCCUGCGAGCCAGUUGCAGUUAUCAGGUGAAGAAUUGCAUUCAGUGAGUGAAAGAGACAGUACUGGUGGUGCAGGAAGUGGUGGCAGCGAUGCGGCUUCACCAUUAACUGCUCGGUCAAUCAGGCUAGAACGAGUAGCACAAGUCCUUGCUCAUAGUCAAGAGGAGCUCAGAAGACGCACUGGACAAGCCGGAUUUCCCAGCAGUGGUUUUCCUGCUCACAGCAGGCAUGGGCAACAUAACAACGGCGCACUCAAUUCUGGGACUCCCCCUUCCCCAUUGUCCUCACGACAUAGCAGCCAGGACAGUUUGCAUAAAAACAAUUUGUCUGGUGUUGGAUUGCCAAUUGGACAACUAUCUAGUUCACAUUUGCAUAUGCAAUCUACCAUGAGUCCAGCAACAGCAGCAGCAGUGGCUGCAGCUCAAAAGAAGAAAGGCAUUAAAAGCAGUCUUGGUAGAUUUUUCAGCAAAAAAGAAAAGAUUAAAGGAAAAGAUACACCAAUGCCUGGAGAUAUACCAGGUAUGGGAGGAGCAGGUACACCUGCAGAUCCUGAUUAUGGAGAUAGUGUUUCUGUAGCUGGAACUAUGGGUAGUAAAAGUGAUUUUGAUCGCAGAAAAAAGAAAAGUCCAAGUAUGUUUGGAAGUAUGCUAGAUUCUUCACGACACGAACUUUUGGCAGAAGCAAUGAAAGCUGGAACACCGUUUGCUCUCUGGAAUGGGCCAACAGUAGUGGCUUGGCUUGAGCUUUGGGUAGGCAUGCCGACGUGGUAUGUUGCGGCUUGUCGAGCAAAUGUCAAAAGUGGUGCCAUAAUGAGUGCUCUUAGUGAUACAGAGAUUCAACGUGAAAUUGGUAUAAGCAAUCCUCUGCAUCGAUUGAAAUUACGAUUAGCUAUUCAAGAAAUGGUAUCUCUUACAAGUCCAUCAGCACCAAAAACUUCUCGCACAACGUUAGCAUUUGGAGAUAUGAACCAUGAAUGGAUUGGUAAUGUUUGGCUUCCAAGUCUCGGUUUGCCUCAAUAUCGAUCCACUUUCAUGGAGUGCCUUGUUGAUGCUAGAAUGUUGGAUCAUCUUACGAAAAAAGACCUUCGUGGUCAACUUAGGAUGGUUGAUAGUUUUCAUAGAACAAGUUUGCAAUAUGGUAUUUCAUGUUUAAAGCGAUUAAAUUAUGAUAGGCAACAAUUAGAAGAAAGAAGACGAAUGGCAGAAGGUGCUAAUGUUGAUGUUCUUGUAUGGAGUAAUGAUCGCGUUAUAAGAUGGGUGCAAUCUAUCGGCCUGAAAGAAUAUGGGAACAAUCUCUUAGAAUCUGGUGUACAUGGAGCUCUUAUAGCUCUUGAUGAAAGCUUCGACGCAAAUAGUUUUGCACUAGCUUUGCAAAUUCCAACCCAAAACACACAAGCUCGACAAUUGUUAGAAAUGGAGUUCACAAAUUUAUUAACUGUAGGAACAGAAAGGCGGCUUGAUGAAUCCAAUAGUAUGAAAUCCUGAUCCAACUCGUCCAGCAGGUUGCCUCAUCUUCAACCGCAUCACGUCUAGUCCAAAACCCCAGCUAUUACUAUUCUCUGUAUGCAAGUGUGUUGUAAAAGUUGUAAGAGCUUUAAGUAUCAUUCUAAGGAUAUCUUCAUACUGUUAAGAGUUGUGACAUGCGGUGAUAUGAAAAAAUGAUUGGACAAACAAACUGUUAAAAGAAAAGGAUGAUUUAUCGUAUGUUCAAGAAGAAAAUUUAAAACAUUUUAUCAAUUUUUAUGUCGCGUAAAUUUCAUAAACCGCUUGUUACGUAUUUCGGAUAAAAAAUAGUAAUUCUGAAUUACUCUCAUAUAGAUACUGAAAUGUAGUGAGCGGUCAGAGAAUCGUAAAAUAUAUUUUUCCUCGAAAGCCAAAGAAUCAGUUAUAUAUAAUUACGACAAUAAUUCUAAUUUCACAUUGAUUUUUUAAGGAUAGCAAGAUUUGUAGUUUUCGAAAUAAUGAAUAUUAUGAUAGUUCAUAAACUUUUUCAAGAUAUAAUCGCAUAUUUCUUAUACUAUAUUAUGUACUUAUACUAUGUAACAAAUAGUUAAAACAACUAUCUAUUUUGAUAAUACCACUUACCGCACAAAAUAAAAAUCCCAAACUUAUAUUAGUGCCAUUAGCGCUCUCGAGGAAACAAUCUACAUAUGUACAAGGAAAAGACUGCAUUCUAUAUUUCUGCAUCUAUAAGACAGUGACCUAAUGAGCCAUAUAUAUAUAAAAAUAUAUAUAUAUAUACAUAUUAUUUCAUACAGAAGGAGUGCUGAAAUACUUGUUCUCCUCUGUUAUUUCGAUGAAUUUUAAAUGUUUGUAGAUCACAUAUAAACACGUAUAUAUCAAAGAAUUACACUGAAGCAACUAUCGUAAUUAGAAAAUUAUUUGACAACCAGUUGCAUGGACGUGUUUAAAAGAACUCGCUUUUUAUUUAUUGUGGACUAAGGAACGGACAUUUUAUACCAAAAUAAUCGCGCAAUGUAUAAGUACGUGUACGAAAUGUUAGUAGAUGUUAUAAAAUUAAGGAACUUUGUAAUUUUAAUUAAUAAUUGAAUUCUACCAAUCAGUCAUAUAUCGUUAAGUGAUUAUUUCACAUUCAUUAAUUUUGUUUAAUCAUAAAGAAAUCAUAUAUCAUUCGGCAUAUUUUUAUUUAUUUCAAGAAAGAAUUUUGAUACUUCAUUUGUAAAUAUUUCUUUAUAUUAUUUCAAAGUUCCGACAUUAUCAUUAGAUUCGAUCGGUAGUGUAAAAGAAUUCACAAAGAUAAAAAGCGUUAUAAAUAUAAUAAAAUCACGAAAGUGUAAAAAAAAAAGAAAAAAGGAACAAAAAGUAGGUAUGGCCAUAAAUAUUAUUUAACAAUAAUGACGAUGUUGCUGAAGACAAUGAUUGCGAUGAUAAUUAUAAUUACUCAUUACAAAAUGUUAUCAAGCUAAAGUGUGGCAAAAGACUGAGACUAUGACAGUGACUUUAAUGAUAAAACUGGUCAUGAUAGAGACGAUCACAAUAAUGAUGAUAAGUUAUAAUGGGAUGUUGUUAAUGUUGUUGAUACUUGAGGAAUCAUUGUUGUUGAUGUUUGUUUCCCUCUGAAGUACCCCCUGCAAGCUGUUCAUUCGUUGUAACUUCAUUGCUCUGCAUGACCUUCCGAAUGGGCGCAAACGUACCAAAUAGUUUCUACCAAAGAAAUCACUUACUAUGCAGUAUGAUGAUAAUUGUACAAUCGUACAUCAUAGUAUAUUGUCAAGAAUAUAACGUUAACACUCGACAUAUGUACGCAGUAGAAAGAUCAAAAUAUGUUUUACAUGUAAAGAUCAUAAUGUACAGUCUCAUCUUUCGGCGUGUAGUAUUUUUCUUUUUCCAAGUACCACCGAUCAGUUGAAAUAUUUCUAGAUAAUCAGAAAGACUCGCUAAGCCAAAGCAACGUUACGCUACCUCAAUACUGAGACAAGGUGGUACAUUUGUUUUUUUAUAUAAAUAUUUUAAUAACUGGUUCUAAGAUUUUUGUCAGUUAAUUUUUAUAAUAUAUUAAGUUCGAAUUUCUUACUAAUCUUGCGUGAAAGAUAAAUCGUCGUAGUGAAAACGUUUUCAUGUAAAUUAUAUUAGAUAGUUGUUAGAAGAAGCAAUUAUCAAGAAAAUAAAAAAACAACGAUUAAUUUGAAACUGCACGCGCAUUUAGUUAUUUUAGUGACACUGAAUGAUUUCCCAAAUACUAUAGAAAAGAUUAUUUGAGAUAAAACAUUUUUAAUAAUGUUACAAUAUAUAUCUUUUUUUGAUCCUAUAAUGUAAUGCUAUAUGAUUGUACAGAACUAAUUUGUACAAAUGAAUAGAUAUACAAAGCUGUGUCACUUUGUGAAACAAAAUGGCCGUCUCUCCCUUUCGGAAGUGUCUGCAGUACAUGUAAAUGACUGAACUUAUUUUUAAUGUACGCUAGUUAAUAGUCUAUGGACAUUCCAAGGAAAAAAAAAAUGAAAGCAACCCUUCCAAAAGCAGCCACAUUUAUAAUCGUAUCAUGACUUAAUAUAUAACAGCUUUGUCGUCUUCUAUGUAUUUAACUAUAAAUAUAUACAUAGAUGCAAAAUUUCGCUUGAAUCGAGCCUCCGACUGCUCGGUAUCGAAUAGAGCUUGAAUAAACAGAAAUAGUAACCACAUGCGUAAUGUUUUUACUAAAAAAAUAGUGAAAAAUUGCUUAAACUUAGACUUUGUCUUGCUUUUACUUUUCUUCAAUUUAAAAGGAGAUUUCUUUUUAAAUGUUCAUGCUAAUAAAAAAAUGAAUUUUAACUAUUGUCUUCAGCAAUGCUGAAUGAAUAUUUUUAUUUUAAUUAAACACAAUAACUUUAUAUGUUAUAUAGCAAAUUAACAAUACUUAAAGAAAGACAUUUGUAAUGUUUAAGUUUCUUUAUUAUCAGUUUACACAUAUCAUUAAGAUUGUAAAAAAUAUAGGAAAAUUGAGAAAUUACAUUAAAUGAAGUAUUGUUUUUCUGUAUAAUUAAUUUUUGGUUCCUAGGAAAAAUAUAUAUGAUAAUACAUAGUAAAAACAUACACAUAAAUCAUAUAUAAUACUGUGAUGUAACAGCUGUAAUAUAUGUUAUUUCACAUUGUAUUUUUUCCUUUGUACACUCUUUUUGUGUGCUCAAUUCGGCCGAACUGCCGGAAGAAGUUCGACGUUAUUCUGGAUUUUUGUACAACAUAUGUUUGUGAGUGUUAUUGCUAGUAUUGUAAAUAUGUAUGCGCGCGUGCACAUGUGUGAAUGUGUAUGUGUAUAUAUCUUUCCCUGUAUAUAUACAAAUUAUUUAUUAA